AUGGCAUGCAGUCUUUUGUUCCAAGACAUCAUCCUCUCCAGUUUGAAGCCUAACAUCCUGUGCUAUACCUUCGCAAUGAAUACAUGCUUGCAAGCUCGACACUGGCAAGGUGCUUUGAGCACCUUUGCAAACUUGUCGAACCAGACCCCUGAGAUGACUUCGGCCGAGCCAGACCUGCUGACGUUCAAGAUGGCCAUUCGCGCUUGUGGGCUGGGCAGCGAGUGGAGCCGAGCCAUCAUCUACUUCGAGCGGAUGAUGGACAUGCAGAUCCCUCCCGACACUGACUGCUACAUGCAGCUUCUGGACUCCUUGCAUUCCAGCAUCGAGCAACGGAGGUUCUUCUACAAGCAGUUGUCUUUGAAGACUUGA